AUGGAGGCUGUGGGAGCUGCUGCAUUCUUUGAUGAAGAAUGGGAGUGUCUGAGCAAGAUGUUUUCUCCAAGUGAGAAUGGUGAUUUCAUGUUUCAGCUCCAAUGUGAUCUCGAAAACGGGGCGAUGGCAAUGGCUAAUAACAGCCAAGAUGAUUGUUUCUUGUCUAACUAUUCUGACUAUUCUGAUGUUGUGACCAAUAAUGCUGAUGAGUUUCACCAGUAUUUCUCACAAGAAAGUAGCAAUAGCAGUGGUGGAGAUCAUGGUUUUAAUUUCCCUUCUCCUCCCAUUUAUCAUUCCCUCCUGCAGCCUAAUGAUGUGAUGAUGAUGAACCUUGUCCAAUCUGAGCCCUUGGGGUUUUUUGUUGUGGAUGACAACAUUGUUAAUUCCUCAGUUCCUGUCUGCUGUCCUAAUGAGGUUAUGGGAGCAGACAUUGCUGUCUGCUCAAAAGAAAUGAUCAAUAGUGGUGAAGGGCACCAGAAUGUCAUUGCUGAUUCAGCCAAGAACUUGCAGCAGCUCAAGAGGAAACCUGAGAAAUCAGCAGCAGAAGAUUCAUCUGAGAAUCCUAAGAAAAAGCCCCGGGUUUCGCGAAAUGCACAGAAAAACAAGAAAGUGGCACUGUCAAAGUCCAAGCAGAGCCCUGAAAGUGGGAAUGAAGAUCAUCAAGAAGAUCAGGAGGAGAGAAAUGCACAGACCUCAAGCUGCAGCAGCAGUGAUCAUCAAGAUGAAUCUCUGGAGCUGAACAGGGACGCCCUGAAUUCGAAUUCCAGUGGGAAAGCAAGGGCUAGCAGAGGGGCUGCUACUGAUCCACAAAGCUUGUAUGCAAGGAGGAGAAGAGAAAGAAUCAAUGAGAGACUGAGAAUCUUGCAGAACCUUGUCCCUAAUGGAACAAAGGUUGACAUUAGCACCAUGCUUGAAGAGGCUGUUCACUAUGUCAAAUUUCUGCAGCUUCAAAUUAAGUUACUAAGCUCAGAGGAUCUUUGGAUGUAUGCCCCAAUUGCCUACAAUGGAAUGGACAUUGGCGUCUAUCAGAAAAUGCUGCCAAGCUUGUGA